UUACAGUCGUUUCUUGUUGCUGCCAAGGAAGAACGUUCGUCGUUCUGUUGCUUACUAUUUGUCUCUUUUUUUUUUUUUCAAAGUUUUCAUAGUUAUUUUCAAAUUCUAAGUGAAUAAUUAAGUCAUAAUUCCUUUAAAAAUUAAAUAACAAAUUUCAAGUGAAUACGAAACGCAUUCUAAGUUUCAAAAUGCAAAUAUUUGUGAAAACUUUGACUGGAAAAACCAUCACUCUGGAAGUAGAAUCAUCGGACUCUAUUGAAAACGUAAAAGCCAAGAUUCAAGACAAAGAAGGAAUUCCACCAGACCAACAACGAUUGAUCUUCGCUGGAAAACAAUUAGAAGAUGGCCGCACAUUGUCUGACUACAAUAUCCAGAAAGAAUCCACCCUUCACUUGGUACUUCGUCUUCGUGGUGGAAACAUUUAGAUACAGAUCUUUUAAAUGAGAAUAUAUAAAAACAUUUGUUAAAAUGCUUUUUCACCCUAUAUAAUUACAAUUUUAAUUGCUUUUUCAGUAGUUAUAGUGUAAUUGUAAUAUAGUUAACAAGCAUUAAUAUAUGACAUAAAUUUUGGUAA